CUCUGGACUUUCGAGAGCAAAUCGAAGAUCAGUGGAGAUGAUUGCCACCACAGUGUGUUUCUACCUGGUGCUGCUGGCCCUAAUCAUGAUGUUCAUGGCCCCCUCCGUCGAUGGCUGCUUCGUACUGCUGGCCUGCCUGCUGAAGUCCCCGCUGUGCCCCUUCAACACCACCUCAUCAGGAUGAUGUUCAAUGAUGGCGAAGUAUCGUAGUUAAGCUCCCUUUCCACACCGAAUAAAAUAGUGUUUCAACCAAAA